UUGUUAAAAUUAUUUUCUUGUAUUUUUUUUUUAAUGUAUAUAUAUUUUUGUAAAAAUGAAUAAUAAUAGCAUGUCGAGUACAACUUCAAACUUUCUCCAAGUUCCCUCUACCGAUGAAGACGCGCCUCCAUCAAGAAGGAGAUUUGCUGGGAUUAUACCUAUACGACGACAUUCGACAGGAAGUAGACAUACUGGUACUAGUAGUACCUCUCCACAACCUAGAAGACCCACUAGAAAAUCGACUAUUAUUCCACCUGUUGGACUUACAACGAAUCAAGAUCCACUACUGAGAUUAAGAGUGGUUGCUGGUCAUUCACUUGCAAAGAAAGAUAUAUUUGGUGCAAGUGAUCCUUAUGUAAGAAUUGAAUUGAACACUAUUGUUGGAAAUGUUGCAAUAGAUUCAGUUUUAACUAAAACUAAAAAGAAGACCUUAAAUCCGGUUUGGAAUGAAGAGUUUGUGUUUCGGGUCCGUCCUCAUGAACAUAAAUUAAUCCUGCAAGUAUUUGAUGAAAAUCGUCUCACUAGGGAUGAUUUUCUAGGAAUGGUUGAAGUACCAUUGAAUAAUGUUCCAAAAGAAAUUAUUGGCAGAAAUAUAUGCAGUCUUCAAUAUUUAUUAAAACCUAGAAGUGCUAGGUCAAGAGUAAAGGGUUAUCUUGAGUUAUAUCUAGCUUACGUUCCAGAACAUGAACCCGGAACUUCUGGUCGCCUAUCUGCAGAUGGCGAAUGGGAAGUAAUUGAAAAUGCUGAAGUUUUAAACAUUUCUCACAUACCCUCUUCUUAUACACCAAAUGUUAUUGAACCACAAGGAAUGUUACCUUCUGGUUGGGAAGAACGACAAGAUGCUAAUGGGAGAACUUAUUACGUAAAUCAUUUAGCUAGAUCUACUCAGUGGGAAAGGCCAACAAUAACGGAUCUAUCUGAUGCAAAUACAAUUCAAAACUUGGCAUUAGCAGCUACAGAAUUUGAAAGAAGAUAUCAUAUCAGUGUAGAUACUCCAGAAACUGAUAAAGGUGAUCCUACUCGGAAAAAGGUUGUUCAAAGUGAUGCAGAUGACGAGAGUGAUGAAGGAUAUGAAGAGUCAGAUCCACUUACUAACAUUGAUCGUCGGCUUUCCAAUUUAUCAGCAACAGCUGAUCAGAAUCAGAGUGAUCAAGUCGAUUCAAAUGAACAAAGUAGUACCACUGUAGUCCAAGAAGAUGUUCCCGAAGGAUCUGAUGGUUUACCAAAAGGAUGGUCUAUGCAAGUUGCUCCUAAUGGUCGAACUUUUUUCAUUGAUCAUAAUACAAGAGCAACUACUUGGGUUGAUCCUAGAACAGGUAGGGCAAGUUCAAUGCCUAAUCAAAACCAACCACUAGCAGCUGAUCGUGUUGUAUCUACAUCAGCUUAUAAUGAUGAGUUGGAACCUUUACCAGAAGGAUGGGAAGAAAGAGUUCAUGCAGAUGGAAGAAUAUUUUUUAUUGAUCAUAAUACAAGAACAACUCAAUGGGAAGACCCUAGAUUAAAUAAUCCCAAGAUUGCUGGUCCUGCAUUACCUUAUUCUCGAGAUUAUAAAAGGAAGUAUGAGUCUCUCAAAACAAGACUGAGCAAAAUGGCUCAUGGGCCACCUGCUAAAAUGGAGAUUAAAGUACGACGAUCAAAUAUACUUGAAGACUCAUUCCGAAUUAUCAACUCUAUGCACCCAGAUAAAUUAAGAGCAAAAUUAUGGGUUGAAUUUGAACAAGAAGUUGGACUUGAUUAUGGUGGUCUAGCUAGGGAAUGGUUUUUCUUGUUGUCUAAAGAAAUGUUCAAUCCAUAUUAUGGUCUUUUUGAAUACUCUGCAAUGGAUAAUUAUACACUACAAAUUAAUGCUAUGUCAGGGUUAUGUAAUGAAGAACAUCUUCAUUAUUUUAAAUUUAUUGGAACUGUAGCUGGUAUGGCUGUUUAUCACGGCAAAUUAUUAGAUGCAUUCUUCAUUCGGCCUUUUUAUAAAAUGAUGUUGGAAAAGCCCAUUGAAUUAAAAGAUAUGGAAAGCGUGGACUCAGAAUACUAUAAUUCACUUUUAUGGAUUAAAGAAAAUGACCCUUCUGAAUUAGAUUUAACAUUUUCACUUGAUGAGGAUAGUCUGGGGCAUACAUCUCACAGAGAAUUGAAACCCGAUGGUGCAAAUAUUCACCUAACACAAGAAAAUAAAGACGAAUAUAUUAGUUUAGUGAUUCAAUGGAGAUUUGUAUCCCGUAUACAAGAACAAAUGAAUGCUUUUCUACAGGGUUUUGGUUCCAUUGUACCUUUAAGUUAUAUUAAAAUAUUUGAUGAAAAUGAAAUGGAACUUUUAAUGUGUGGUAUUCAAAAUAUUGAUGUUAAAGACUGGAAAGAAAAUACUCAUUACAAAGGAGAUUAUUCACCCAACAAUAUUGUGAUUCAAUGGUUUUGGAGAGGUGUAUUAUCAUUUAAUAAUGAAAUGAGAUCAAGACUUUUGCAAUUUGUAACGGGUACAUCUAGAGUUCCGAUGAAUGGAUUUAAAGAGUUAUAUGGAAGUAAUGGACCACAAUUGUUUACAAUUGAAAGAUGGGGCACCAAAGAAAAUUAUCCCAGAGCACAUACUUGUUUUAAUAGGUUGGAUCUUCCGCCGUAUGAAAGCUAUCAUGAACUGAGAAACAAAUUAAUUAAAGCAAUUGAAGGCUCACAAGGUUUUGCUGGAGUGGAUUAAUGUGAAUUCUAAACAUUAUAUACAAAUUACAGGAGUUACCUUCUACCAAAAGCAAAUCUAUGUUACAGUAAUAACAUUACCCCUUCAAUGAUCACAUGUGAUAUGACUAUAACACUAGAGAUAAAUAAAAAAUAUAAAAUAAUAAUCAUUCCAAAAUGUAAUAUUAAAGGAUUGUAAUUAAAAUGUUAGU